CAGUACACCUCGCGGCGGCGCGCACGCAGGCCUCGCCUCUCCCGGGUCUUCCCUGACGCCGGCCGCAGGGCGGGCGGGCGCGCACGCCGAGUGACGCUCGCAGAAGGAAGCGCAGCCCCCUUCCCCUCCCUCGCUGCCCCGGGCCCAGCGGGAGCCCCCCCAGUGCGCCUGUGCGGAGGCCUACUAGAUUAUGUGUGCCCUCUCCGGGCUCCUGCGUUAGCGGCCAGGCGGAGGUGGGGAGGGAAGACGCGGAGGAGGAGGCGGAGGAGGCGGAGGCGGCGGUGGAGGGGAGGUGGGGGGAGUCAGCAAGGACAUGGCUCCUGACUCCAGUGCGGAACAUGGUCUCUAGCGACCGGCCCGUGUCACUGGAGGACGAGGUCUCCCAUAGUAUGAAGGAGAUGAUUGGAGGCUGUUGCGUUUGCUCAGACGAGAGAGGCUGGGCCGAGAACCCGCUGGUUUAUUGCGACGGGCACGGCUGCAGCGUCGCGGUGCAUCAAGCUUGCUAUGGCAUUGUUCAAGUACCUACUGGACCAUGGUUUUGCAGGAAAUGUGAAUCUCAGGAGAGAGCAGCUAGAGUGAGAUGUGAACUGUGUCCUCAUAAGGAUGGAGCUUUAAAAAGAACAGAUAAUGGGGGUUGGGCUCAUGUGGUUUGUGCCCUAUAUAUUCCAGAGGUACAGUUUGCCAAUGUUUCUACAAUGGAACCAAUCGUUUUACAGUCUGUUCCUCAUGAUCGUUAUAAUAAGACGUGCUACAUUUGUGAUGAACAAGGAAGAGAAAGCAAAGCAGCCACUGGUGCUUGCAUGACUUGUAAUAAACACGGAUGUCGACAGGCAUUCCAUGUCACUUGUGCUCAGUUUGCUGGGCUUCUUUGUGAAGAAGAAGGUAAUGGUGCUGAUAAUGUCCAAUACUGUGGCUACUGUAAAUACCAUUUUAGUAAACUGAAAAAGAGCAAACGGGGAUCUAAUAGGUCAUAUGAUCAAAGUUUAAGUGAUUCUUCCUCUCACUCUCAGGAUAAACAUCAUGAGAAAGAGAAAAAAAAAUACAAAGAAAAGGACAAACACAAACAAAAACACAAGAAACAACCAGAACCCUCCCCUGCGCUGGUUCCUUCCUUGACUGUUACCACAGAAAAAACUUACACAAGCACUAGCAGCAACUCUAUAUCUGGGUCUUUGAAACGCUUGGAAGAUACUGCAGCACGAUUUACAAAUGCAAAUUUCCAGGAAGUCUCCACACACACUACUAGUGGAAAAGAUGUUCCAGAGGCUAGAGGGUCAGAGAGCAAAGGAAAGAAAUCCUCAGCUCACAACUCAGGUCAAAGGGGAAGGAAGCCUGCUGGAAGAAAUCCAGGAACAACUGUGUCAGCAUCUAGUCCUUUCCAGCAAGGCAGUUUUUCAGGAACUCCAAGCAGUGUGAAAUCAUCUUCAGGAAGUUCAGUACAAUCUCCCCAGGAUUUCUUGAGCUUUACAGACUCUGAUCUGCGUAAUGACAGUUAUACUCACUCCCAACAGUCAUCAUCAACCAAAGAUGUACAUAAAGGAGAGUCUGGGAGCCAGGAUGCAGGGGUAAAUAGUUUUGGUUCCUUAAUUGGUCUACCUUCGACCUCAGCUGUUAUUUCACAACCUAAAAACUUUGAAAAUUCACCUGGAGAUUUGGGUAAUUCCAGCCUCCCUAUAGCAGGAUAUAAACGGACUCAAACUUCUGGUAUAGAAGAAGAAGCUGUAAAGGAAAAGAAAAGAAAAGUAAACAAACAAAGUAAGCAUGGACCUGGUAGGCCCAAAGGAAACAAAAAUCAAGAGAAUGUUUCCCAUCUCUCAGUUUCUUCUGCUUCACCAACAUCAUCAGUAGCAUCAGCUGCAGGAAGUGUGACAAGCUCUAGUCUUCAGAAAUCUCCUACGUUGCUCAGGAAUGGAAGUUUACAAAGUCUUAGUGUUGGCUCAUCUCCAGUUGGUUCAGAAAUUUCUAUGCAGUAUCGGCAUGAUGGAGCUUGUCCAACAACUACUUUCUCAGAGUUGCUGAAUGCAAUACACAAUGGUAUUUAUAACAGCAAUGAUGUAGCAGUAUCAUUUCCAAGUGUAGUAUCUGGCUCAGGAUCUAGUACUCCUGUAUCCAGCUCUCAUUUACCUCAGCAGUCUUCUGGGCAUUUGCAACAAGUGGGAGCCCUCUCCCCAUCAGCUGCAUCAUCUGCAACCCCUGCUGUUGCUACGACUCAGGCAAAUACCCUUCCUGGAUCUUCUCUUAGCCAGGCACCAUCUCACAUAUAUGGAAAUAGAUUAAAUUCAACUUCAUCAAUGGCCGCAGCUCUUAUAGCUCAGUCUGAGAACAAUCAAACAGAUCAAGAUCUUGGAGACAAUAGCCGCAGCCUUGUUGGCAGAGGAAGCUCCCCACGAGGAAGCCUGUCACCAAGAUCCCCUGUAAGCAGCUUACAGAUUCGCUAUGAUCAACCAGGCAACAGCAGUUUGGAAAAUCUGCCUCCAGUAGCAGCCAGCAUAGAGCAGCUUUUGGAGAGGCAGUGGAGUGAAGGACAGCAAUUUUUACUAGAACAGGGUACUCCUAGUGACAUUUUAGGAAUGUUGAAGUCAUUGCACCAACUUCAAGUUGAAAAUCGAAGAUUAGAGGAACAGAUUAAAAAUUUGACUGCCAAAAAGGAACGUCUUCAGUUAUUGAAUGCACAGCUCUCAGUGCCUUUUCCAACAAUAACAGCAAACCCUAGUCCAUCUCAUCAGAUGCAUGCAUUUCCUGCACAGACUGUUCCUACUACCGAUUCCUUGAAUAGCAGUAAGAGCCCACAUCUAGGAAACAGCUUUUUACCAGAUAAUUCUCUUCCUGUAUUAAAUCAGGACUCAACCUCCAGUGGACAAAGCACCAGCAGCUCAUCAGCUCUUUCUACCCCACCUCCUGCUGGGCAGAGCCCUGCUCAGCAGGGCCCAGGCCUUAGUGGAGUGCAGCAGGUCAACGGUGUGACAGUGGGGACACUGGCUAGUGGAAUGCAGACUGUAACAUCCACCAUUCCUGCCAUGCCUGGAGUGGGUGGAAUAAUUGGAGCUUUGCCAGGUAGCCAACUGGCAAUUAAUGGCAUUGUAGGAGCUUUAAAUGGGGUUAUUCAGACCCCUGUCACAAUAUCCCAGAACCCCACUCCCCUCACCCACACAACUGUACCACCUAAUGCAACACACCCAAUGCCAGCCACACUGACUAAUAGUGCCUCAGGACUAGGAUUACUUUCUGACCAGCAAAGACAAAUAUUUCUUCAUCAACAGCAGUUUCAGCAAUUGUUAAAUUCUCAACAGCUCACACCAGAGCAGCACCAGGCCCUUCUGUACCAGCUAAUGCAGCAGCACCACCAGCAGCACCCACCUGAACUCCAGCAGCUGCAGAUCCCAGGCCCAACACCGAUCCCCAUAAACAACUUGCUUGCAGGUCCCCAGGCGCCACCACUUCACCCUGCUACCACCAACCCUUUCCUCACCAUUCAUGGCGACAGUGCGGGUCAGAAAGUAACGAGACUUAGCGAUAAAACUGGGCCUGUUGCUCAAGAGAAAAGUUGACACUUGAGAAACAUCUAGAAAUCACCCAUCCUGCUGUUGUAGCACUUCACUCUGGCUGCUCGUGCAGUCCUUACUACACCUUGAAGAAACGCAACGAGAAAACCAGUCGCACAACAAAAAAUUAAUCGCCCCAAGGACAUUCUUGUAAGGCUUUGGUAAAUUUUCUUGUUGCUUUGUUGCACUGAAAUGGAAUUCCCAUACCCCCACCCUUCACCUAGAUUUUUUGAACUUUAAAAUUUAAUAGGUAACUUUUGUCAGUGAGAUGAUUUACAUGCAAUGAGUUUACCAACCUAAGAGAAAUUUAAUAUAGUUGGUGCCCAAUUAAAUUUGUUAUAAAUUUGAGAGAUUAAUAGCAAAACUAAAGGCUCAUUCCAUUAAAACUAUUUUAUUGUACAAAUCGUAUAUGAAAUGCGAUCUUUUGGUUUAUAAUAUGCUUGCUCUGUGAGUCAAAUUUUACAUUUCAAGGAACUGCCCAAUUUCUUCUAGUGGAAUUUUAUUGGUUAAAUAUUGCAAAUAAAUAGAUCAUUAACUGAGACUUGGCAAUCUUUGUUAUAGAUUUUUCCUUUUGAAUGAGAUUUGGCCAAUUUUGGUAAGUUAGGAUGGAUAGUCUGCUUAUGCUAAAGGUAAUCUUCUGUUGCUUUUUUUUUUUUUUUUUUAAGAUCUAUUUAAAUCUUAAACCUUGAGUCGAGUGAGUUCUAAGGCUGCUGGGGGAAACCAAAUCAAAUCAAGGGGAAAGACUUCUUUCAGAAAGGGGCCACUCUGGAAACUACUGGUAGGGUUUGGCCUUGAUCAAGUGCCUGUUAGUACCUCCAUUGAAAUGGCUCUGGACAGCUGAGCUUACACCCCAGUCAGUCCUGUGAGUUGGAGGAAUAGUCAGUAUUACACCAGCAGCCUUCCCCAUGGUUCUGCCUUGAUCAAAAACUUUCUAUGCCACUGUAGAUAGCUCAGGCAAAACUAUUACCUGGGUGUUUAUCCACUAAUGAGUCACAAGAAAAAUGAGUGGAUUUGGUAAGAAUUAUUUUUUCACUUAAAUAAUUUCAUAAUUGACAAUGAUUUAUGACCAAAAAGUAAAAGAAAAGGGAAAAAGAAGAAGAAGAGCAAAAGCCCCAUAACUACAGUUCCUGAAGCAGGUGAAAUCUGUACUACAGCCCUUCUUUCCCUUCGGGUAACCACAUGCCUGGUGUGGCAGUAUGGCAUGGCAGAGGAGAGACUAAGCAAUCGGGGACAUAGUCAUUGGACUGUUCUGACGUGUGUGAAUUAUUAGUGGAAAAGACCCAGCCGUAAUUAGACCUCCACUGUGUACUUAGCUGGAAGAACAUGUUAACUCUGCAAUAUGUCUCUUGGUUAAACAUUGCACAGUUCUUACCUCAUUUCUGUAAAUAAAGUUUUGUGAAUCUGUUUUGUAUUGUGAAAAAUUCAUAAAUAACACUGAUAUUUUGAUUUGUAAUAUUUCUAAUUGGUAGAUUUAAUUGAAAAGUAAAAUUAAUUUAUUUUUAUAUGUUCAGGGGAAUUUUAAAGAAAGUCAAAUCUUUUGUAGAUAAUGAAAAAUCAGUGUGGUUUAUUUUACUUAUUAACCCACUGGUUGUUAUUAUGUAACAAUUUGUAUAAAUGGUAAAUUUUGAAUGUGUUGUUAUUUUACCUAGAUGUAAAAUUCCACAUGUAUUAAAGAAAUGUACAAAGUUUUUGUUAAUAAAAUUUAAUAAUGUUUAUAA